AGAGGCCGAGCCCUCGCGUCCCCGCAGCCGGCUGGCGCCAUGGAGACGGGGCUGCUGUGGUUCUGCAACUGGAGCACGCUGGGCGUGUGCGCCGCGCUCAAGCUGCCGCAGAUCUCCGCCGUGCUGGCGGCGCGCAGCGCACGGGGCAUCAGCCUCCCGAGUUUACUUCUGGAGCUGGCCGGGUUCCUGGUGUUCCUCAGGUACCAGCAGUACUAUGGUUACCCACUGCUGACUUACGUGGAGUUCCCCAUUCUCAUAGCACAAGAUAUCAUCCUCCUACUCUGUGUCUUCCAUUUUAGUGGGAACGUGAAGCAGGCUGCCCCGUACAUGGCUGUAUUUUUGUCUUCUUGGUUCAUCCUCACGCUGCAGAAGUGGAUCAUAGAUCUGGCCAUGAAUUUAUGUACCUUCACCAGUGUGGCCAGUAAGUUUGCCCAACUCCAGUAUCUGUGGAAGACAAGAGACUCGGGAGCCGUGAGUGCUCUGACGUGGGGCCUCUCCUCUUACACCUGUGCAACAAGAGUAGUAACAACUUUAAUUACUACCGGUGAUGCUACAAUUCUUACACGUUUUGUGACCAUGCUGGCUUUCAAUAUAUGGAUAACAGCUACCAUACGGAAGUACCAGAAGACUGCUGUAAAGGCUGAGUGAUGGAUACAUAUUCCCACACGUGAAGUGGACUUCAAAUAGCUGAACCAGAGGAAAAACAGCUCAUUGCUAAAGUCUUUAUUAAGCAACUAUUUCAGAAACUUUGAAGCUGAAGGUAUUUUAGACUUGAAAGAGCCACUUAAACACUGGUUUAAAAAAAAUGUCGAUUCUCCCUCCCCUCCCACCAAGUCAUUAAGCUGUGGUAGGACUCAGAAAUCUGCAGUUUUGAGAAGGUUGGUGACUGACUGAAAUAGUCCAAGAAGCCCAUUUUGAGACCACUUUGACUCUCACCCUGAAGACAUGAUUAAGUUCUCUCCAAAGAGCUAACUACAUCUAUUUCUCAGCUCUCGAAAUCUUUUCAGAAUAAUUCCUCUCUACAACACAACUGAGUAUGAACGGAGGCGGAUUAUGUUUGGAUUCAGAAGUAGAACUGUAAAUUACUAAGGUUCACUUUCUAGGACUAAAGUUUAAUUUAAUUGUAGCAGAUGUAACAGGAUGGUCUUACCAUGUCAUCAUAUAGCGUAUCUCCUUAGGCUAUGGCAAGGAUAUCAAGGGAAGCAUAAAUGUAAUUUGACUUGAGUUUGCACACCAAAGUAGCCUUUAACGUCACACUGUGCCUUUCAGGAAUUACCUCAAAAAGGCAGUAUUAACUGCAAUCUAUAGUUAUGAGGCAAUUCCAACAAAUAUUCUGAUUCAAGCACAGUGCUGCCAUUUUUUAAAGAGCCACCUAUACACAAUUAUCAUUAUUGGAAUUUGGUACAAAAUACAGCCGACCUGGAUCAGGUUUUGUCUUUGAAAAUAUAUGCAGUAAAGGGUAGUGACUUUUGUACACCACACACCACAUUUUCCUCUAAAAUUCUAUAAACCUUAACAUUUAAAAACAUCUUCCCCCUUGUAACUGAAUGUCAUUAUUCUUUUAUAUGCAGUGUCCUAUGUAAAAUAAACUUUCUUAUCUUGAA